AUGGCGAUCACUUUAAAUGAAGAUAGCAUUGUCUACCUUAUAUUGCUAUUCUCUUGGGCGGAAUACUUAUGGGAGCAGUAUCUCUCUUUACGUCAGUUAAAGAUUUACAAGACAAACAACACUAUUCCAGAUGACUUAAAGGAUAUGCUUAAUGAAGAAUCAUUCAAGAAAGCAAGACUGUAUGGAAUCGAUAAGUCACAAUUUAAAAUUGCCAAAGAGCUGUAUAGCAUAGUAUUAACAACUAUAAUCCUUUAUAACAAAUGGAUAUAUUCUGCAUGGCAGAAGUCAGAAAACAUUGCAUUAAUUUUUAAUAUCUCACCAGACAGAGAAAUACUUGUAAGUUGUGUUUUUAUGACAUUUGUCACUAUAUUCAACUUUUUUGUAAAUAUGCCAUUUACAAUUUAUGGCAUUUUUGUACUAGAGGAAAAACAUGGUUUUAAUAAACAAACUGUAGGUUUUUUUGUUAAAGAUCAAAUGAAAUCCUUGUUGCUAAGCCUAGUUAUCACUUUGCCAAUAAUAUCAGUUGCAAUCUAUAUAAUAAUGCUUGGAGGUAAAAUGUUUGUCAUGUGGUUGUGGUUAUUUACCACUGUUGCAACAUUAUUCUUGUUGACAAUUUACCCAUCUGUGAUUGCACCAUUGUUUGACAAAUUUGUUCCUCUGCCUGAUGGUAGCCUCAGGAAAGGUAUUGAAAGUUUGGCUUCUAAACUUAAUUUUCCACUUUCUCAAAUCUAUAUUGUAGAAGGUUCAAAGAGAUCAGCUCAUAGUAAUGCAUACUUUAGUGGAUUGUUUGGAGCCAAGAGAAUUGUCUUAUUUGAUACUUUGUUAGAGAAAUAUGAUGAAGAGAAAAAGACAACAACUGGAUGUUUAGAUGAUGAAAUAUUAGGUAUCUUGGCUCAUGAGCUUGGACACUGGAGUUGUAGUCACAUUUACAAAUCGAUUGUCCUAACUGAAGUGAACCUCUUAUUGCUGUUUACAGCAUUUGGUCUUCUAUUUAAAUAUUCUACAUUGUAUACAGCACUGGGUUUCCCUGUUGGACAGGAACCUAUCAUCAUUGGACUGAUUGUGGUAUUGCAAAUGAUUCUUGCUCCAUACAAUUCUAUACUUUCAUACUUUGCUACAGCACUCUCUAGGAAAUAUGAGUUUGAAGCAGACAACUUUGCAGUUUCAUUAAAUUAUCCCAAUGAACUGAGGUCAGCUCUCAUUAAGCUUGGGAAAGAUAACUUGGAUUAUCCAAUUUAUGAUAAACUCUAUUCUGCCUGGUAUCAUUCACAUCCCACAUUGUUACACAGGAUUGAAAACAUUAGACAUAAAGUUACAAAUAAGGAUAAAAUUCAUUAA